GCACGUCGCGCUCAGGAAAAAAAAAACAGCAGCAGCGGCGGCCGUUGUGGGGAAGAGGGUAAAUAGAGAGAGAAGCCUCAAGAUGGCUGACUCGCAGGGCUCUGUCCACCUCCCCGGAGCUACUGCUGCUGCUCCAACCUCCGUGAAAAGCGCGCACGGCAAGCCGACCGAGGCGAAGGCAGCGCCGGACAACCGCUCCCAGGCUUCCCGGGAUUUCAACCAGCCGCCGCCGCCCAAGAAGGUCCGAGUCGAGGAAACGAGCGUUAAACCCAAGAAACUCAGCAGGGAAGGAGGAGUGGGAGGCAACGGUAGCGGCAAAGAGAAACUCCAGCAGCAGCAGCAGCCCACGAAGCAGCAGAGUUAUGGCAGCAGCAACGCGGGUUUGUGGAGCUUUAGCCCGGUUAAGACGAGCAGCAGCGGCGGCAGCAGCACCAACCCCCCGGUGCCUGCUACCGGUGGAUCCCAGCCGCAUAAAGUCUUCAAACAGAGCGAUUUCUUCCUCCACAAAGCGCCUUCUUCCUCCAAACCCAAGAAACCGAGCAAAGACAAACAGCGAGAGAAGGAGAGGGAGAAAGGGAAAGGAGGCGGGGAGGAGAAAAAGAAACAUAAACUAUUGUUGACCUCCGGACCCGGGAGUAACGCUAGCAGCAACAACAACGAUAUCAGUAGGUUAAACAACGUUUCUGCGGUGAAGAGAGAAAAUGGAGAGGUCAUGUUGCCACCCAAAGAACACUCCACCAAGGACAAGGCAAAGGAGAGGGAGAGAGAGGAGAGGGAGAAGAAGAAGGUCAAAGAACGAGAGCGAGAAAAGGAGAAGAAGAAGCACAAAGUGAUGAAUGAGAUCAACAGGGAGAACGGAGAAGUCAAGCAGCCGAUUAAAGAUGAAAAAGAGAAAGCCAAGAUCAACUUAGAGGAGCUGCAAAUCAAAAAAGUGAAAAAGAAAAAGAAGAAGAAACACAAAGAGGGGGAAAAGCACAAGCGAGUGAAGAUGUACCACCGCUCCUGCCAAACCAUUUGUGCCGGCCUGCUUCUCCUCCCUGGUUCCGCUUCUUCCCCCAACUCUUCUUCCUCCUCUUCUGAAUUAACAAACAACUCCUCCCUGUCUCCGUUUAAGUCCCCUCUUCCAGUUUAUCCUAACAACAAAACUCAUCUCCUGUCCUCUUCUCCACCUCUUACCUCUAAAUCCCUCUUUAACUCAUCUCUCCACAACUCUCUCAACUCUGCAUCAUCCUCCACCAAGACGCCUCUCCCUUCUCCAACCAAACACCACCCUCAGUGCACCUAUCCUGGCAUGGCGGGCCUGGAGUUUGCCCCCUACAUUCACAUAGAGAACCAGCCUAAUGGAGGGGCCCUUGUGGCUCACGCCUACACCUCCCAGCUCUCCUCUCUGUCGGUGGACCAGAGGCAGAGAUUCGCCCAAGAGUUUGUCACCUUGGCAUUCAGCGAGGACUCAUCCCAGGCCUCUCAUUAUGUCAUGGGAAUUAUCCAUGGGGAAGCCAAGUACCUACCGGACUUCCUGGACUACUUCUCAUCCAAGUUCCCGUCAGCUCCAGUCAAAAUGGAAAUAUUAGGAAAGAAGGACAUAGAAACCACCACGAUGGCUAAUUUCUACUCUCAGGUGAAGAAGACAUACAGUCAUGGUACAUACAGAGCUGGGGCAAUGAGACAGAUCAGCCUGGUGGGAGCCGUGGACGAGGAGGUCGGAGAUUAUUUCCCAGAAUUCCUUGGCAUGCUGGAGGAGUCACCUUUCCUGAAGCGGACUCUUCCGUGGGGAACUUUCUCCAGUCUGAGGCUGAUGAGUCCCACAGAGAGCGACGACGGUCCCAUAAUGUGGGUCAGACCAGGAGAACAGAUGAUACCUGUAGCUGAUAUACCAAAGUCUCCUUUUAAAAGAAAACGCUCCACCAAUGAGGUGAAGAACCUGCUGCAGUCGCUGCCCCGGACCAGCGAGCCCAGAGAGAUGCUGUUCGAGGAUCGGACUCGGGCCCACGCUGACCACAUCGGACAGGGUUUCGAGCGUCAGACCACAGCGGCCGUAGGGGUGCUGAAGGCUGUGUGCUCUGUGGAAAGCUCGGAGCCGCCUCGUGUUACCAAAGAUGUUAUAUGUUUUCAUGCUGGUGAUUUCCCCUAUGUAGUUCAGAGGCUGCAGUUGGACCUAUAUGAACCCCCACUGUCUCAGUGUGUGCAGUGGGUGGACGAUGCCAAACUGAACCAGCUGCGGCGGGAAGGCAUCCGCUACGCUCGCAUCCGCCUGUGCCACGAUGACAUCUACUUCAUCCCCCGCAAUGUGGUCCACCAGUUCAAGACCGUGUCGGCUGUCUGCAGCUUGGCGUGGCAUGUCCGCCUCCAGCAGUACCACCAAGGAGAGGGAGAUCAGGAGGAGGAAGACGUGAAGGAAGAGGAGGAGGAGUUAAAGGAGAAAGAGACCGAAACAGUGGUUGUGGAGAAAAAGGAGGAAGAAACAGAAAAGAAGAGGGAGAAAGGAGUGAAGGAGAGGAUAAAGGAGGAGGACGAGGAGGUGGAUGUGGCAGAAAACAGGACGUUACUACCUGCCAGAAAGGAGAAAUAUGAUGAUAAAUCUCCACCUAUGUCGUCUCAGCCUGCUCUCUCAGUGGACUCAAACGUUAGCAGCACUAGAAGCAAAGAGGAGGCGACCGAGAGGGUUAAAGAAGGUGGAAGAGUCAAACGGCAGGAUUCACCUCCUGCAAAGGUGAAGGUAGAAUGUCCAGCUGGUCCUCCCUGCAAGAACAACUCACCUCUCCCUCUGUAUCCUCCUGCCCCUCGUCAUCAGGACACAAAACCCAAAGCAUCAUCGAAAUCUCACCAUCACCACCAUCAUCAUCACUCAGACAGCAGAACAAUGUCUUCCAGUUCAAGUUCCUUGUCUUCAGCUUCUCAUUCGGCCUCCAAAUCAUCCCGUUCUCCACCUUUUUCUAAGUCUUCCAACUCUUUGUCUCCAGGAUCUUCUGUCACGUCUUUGCACUCUUCUUUUUCAGCCUCCCAUCCAUCUUCUACCUCUUCUCCUUCUGCUGUCUUGUCAACAUCCUCCUCUGUGGCCUCUUCGUCCCCGACUCGACCCAAACCUGCAGCCAACUCUAAUCUCACCACGUGUCCUUCUUCCAGCGUUUCAUCAUCUUCCUCUCAGUCAGAUCAACCCAACAAGGAAAAAGACCAUCUAAAGCCACAUGUUCUUUCAGACACAUGGACGCAGGCGUCACCUGCUGUGGAUGUACAGACUCACACCUACCAAGCUGACACACGAACACACACAGCAGUCGACACACGGACGCUGCCGGAGACGCGAACACAAACACUCCCAGAGAAAUGGACUCACAGUUCGGACUUGGACUCCAGGUCGUCUGUGGAUUUGCAGAUGCAUCUGCCGCAGGACAGGCAAGGAAUUUACAUGCAGCAAUACACCCCCCAGCACCUCCCCCCUCCUCACCUCCCUCAGAUGCUUCCUCCCUCCUUCUCCCCCCUCCUGCCACACUCCCAUCUCCCCCACAGACCUCCAGUCCUCCCCCCAAGUCCCCUCUCCAAUCCUCCCCUCCCUACGCAACCUCUGCACUCGGUCCACAUGAGCCAGCUCCACCUGCCUCCCCCCCACCAGCCCAACAUCACCACACAGCCGUACUUCCAGCCUCCCCCUAACACUCCCCUCACCAGCGCCCAGUCUCUCCCACCUCACCUUCCUCACCCGCACCAGUUUGCCAGAACCUUCUUCCCUCCUCAGCACCCGGGCUUCACCUCUCACCAUUUUCUUCCCCCUCAGUCGUACCUCCCCCAGCCACCCGGUUCUUACCCCUUGCAGCCACCGUACCAAACCUCAGCACCGGUGCAGGUUCAGCUCCCGAUGCCACAGACUUACCCUCACCCACCGCCUCCUCCGACCUCCUCACCGCCUCCCCCUCCACCUCCUCUUCCACCACCUCUUCCCCCUCAGCCUUCCCCCUCUGUCCUCUCCCACCCCCCACAGCAUGAAGAGGAGCAGAUUUUAUAGUAGUUUUUGUACAUAAUGAUGCUGUUUUUAAAGGACUGUAUAUGUACAAGGUUAUAUUUUGGUUGUGUUGUUGUAAAACAGUGUAAAAAGGAAAGACAGUGGAGCAUGUCGGUAUGGACACAAUAUCGUAGUUUAUCAAGUAGAGCUGGACUUAACAUUUCCCAGACCGUUGGACUGAACUGGCUUAGACCAUACUGAUGCAUCGACGGUGCACAAGUUCAAUAAUACUGAGAGUUUAUUUCAUUUCCAGGUUGUUUUGGACUGAAGGGUGCACCAGUUUUAACUCUGAAGAAGAGAUUAUUCAGGCUCAUGGUUCGAGUAAGCUCCCUAGUCUGCCAAACUGCUGUCUGGUCCUGUUUUUUUUUUUUUUUAACUGAGCAUAACCUGUUUGAACAUCAGAUUGCCUUUGAGCCAUCACAUGUAGGAAGAAUAUAGGAAAAUCUCUGCAGACUUGUGUCAGAUAUUUAUAUAUGAAAAGGUCGUGAAGUUGGCCUUUUUGUGAAACUUGCAGCUAAUGCUUCCAUUUUUGUGGCUUUUUUCUAGUAUGUUCUUUGUGCCCAAGACUGUUUCUGGAAUAAUGAUGGGUCACACAGUGAUAUUACACGGCACAGUGCUGUACUGAUGUAAUAUUACUACAUGUCCUGGACUGUACUGUAUUGAUACAUCUUGGUCAAUACAGUAAAUCACAGUACAUUUCCUGAAUAUUGUAUUUUGAGCAAUAAUGCUCCGCAAUAAUCUGCUGAAUAUCAAACUGCGUUUCCUCAUUAUUGAUAUGGUGGCAGCAAGUAGCAGUGUUUUUAUUCAAAUUGGUACAAAACAUUAAUGAAGUGCAUAAUUAACAGGUGAUUUUUCUAAUCGGUUCUAUUGUUAUAUUGCCGAACAAGAAUGUUAUUGCAGAUUUCCAGUGCCACUUAAAACAAAAAAACCCAUGUUAAUUUUAAAUCGGUACAUUAAGCUACAGCACACAGCAGCACUGCAUUCAAUCAGGCUAUUAGAAGAGUCACAGCUUAAAGUAUUACAGCAUCUUGAACCUUUUCCCUUCAGCACCAGUGGCAGAGCUCUUAGUGUAAUUUUGCUGUUUUUUUGGUGUCUAUUGGAUGUUUAACAGGGUUUCCUAAUUUUGGAAGCUCAAUGCUUGCUGGCCAGCCAAGGAAGAAUUCGACCCAGGCAAGGCUGUUACACCAACAGGCCUCCAGAGUCUCAGGAAAACACAUUCAGGACACAUCCAGAAACAUAUUGGUCCCAAAUAAAUCCUCAAUCUUGAUAAUCCAAGGAUGUAACCAAACUCUACAAAGUGUUGGGUAGUUGUUGCAGUGAAAUGCUAACCAGUCUGCAACAUGAUGUUAAUGAAUAUGCAGCUACAUGAAGAGCUCACCAACUUGGCAUCAUCUGGAUAAGAAUAACAGAAUUCAAAGAGCAAUAUCAUACAGAUACAGUAGGUCAAGACUUCCCAAAUGUGACUCCUCACAGCAUUUUUAAUGCAUAUACAUAUAUACACACACACACACACACACACACACACACACACACACACACACACACACACACACACACACACACACAUCAACUGUUGUGGAAAUGCAGCUGAUUAUUGAAGGAACUUUGGGUUCAUAAAGCCCUGAUUAUGUCAGACUAUCAACGGGGCAGUUUCAGGUUCUUCCAGGACUGUAACUUUGAAUGCAUUCAGGCCUCAGUCGCUCUAUUAUUGUUUUUAUUAUUAUUAUUAUUAUUAUUAUUCUUUAUUGAAACAUGCUCUAAGAUGCUUAGAAAACAGAUGGUACACUGUUGAGAGCUCAUUCCCAAAGCACUAUUUAUCUCUUUACCUGAAGUCCAGUCUCUCUACAGUGUGGAGCAUCCUGUCUGUUCAAUGUUUUAUUUAUCACCCAGGGACUGACGUGACCUCCUGUGUUUAAAAAGUACAAUAAAUUAUUGAAAGUCUGUUUUGGCAGCAACUAUGAAGAGAAUAUGUUUCUCCAAAUAUCUGGUUUUAGAGUCGAUCUCUUCUGUCUCAGUGCAUGUCCCACAGCUGUGGAACUUUUAGUCAUUGGUGUCUUGAUUUUACUAUCAAUAUUGGAGUACAGCCCACUUGCUAAUGUAGCCCACGACAUUUCCCCAGUGCCUGUCCUUAACUGUGAACGAAAUGGUCCAGAGACACACGGCGAAGGAGUUCUGUCCUCUCAUAGGAGUCUCGGUUCUCACUGGAAAAUGAGAGCAAAGCCUUAAAUUGGUCUCUAAAGCCGCUGAAAAUGCUACAAAUAUCUGCGGUCUGACUACAGAUGGCUCAGUGGAAUGAUAUCCUGAAAGCAGGGGUUGUACUUUUCCCGAUUAGUCUCACCACAAGCCUGAAAAAUCUUGGAAAACGGAAGAUAACGCCUUAGCUUUUCUUGGUAAGUUUGCCUCAAAAGGCUUCAUUUUGGGAGACAGAACUCUUCACUGUGUGGCUCUGGGGAGAACGAGGUGGUAAUUAAGCACUUGAUACCGGUUGUAAGGCGCUCUGCAGCUCUUUUUAUGCUUUUGGGUUUUAGAUGUUACAGAAACAUGACAGGAACUUAUAUAUUUUUUUGUACAAAUGUGACAAAAAUUAUGGUUGAAAACAGAAGUCUUCAGGGGCUAGCCGUGUUUUCACAGAGUUUAUUUAUCUCAUUUUGUUCCAUUAUUUUUAACUGUCAACACUGUAGUGUACAUAAGAAGUUUUGUAAAGAGGAAAAAAAACUUGUAGUGUGGUUUCUACUUUAAAUAUGAGCCUAGCUAAUAAAAGGUUCAAUGGAUGAAAA